AUGCUCAAUUCAGUGAGUCGGUAUAUUCGAAAAACCGUUGGAAACUCUCCAGAAUCCGCCAUAAACUCCCCCUUUUUCCAGAAAACUGGCCACGGAAUGCCACGUAGAUUCCGGAUAGUAGUAAGUUGGAAAUCCGCUCUUAACCAUCAUCAAAUCUUACGAAUUAAGGACUGGAUACUUUUGAUCGUCAUCUUGUUCGCAGUUUACACAAUUCUCAAUUACGAUGGUAUAUAUUUUUAAACAUUAGAGCUCACAAUAUCAUUAAAUUCAGGCGAUGGAAGUCAGGAAAGUACGAGUUUGGGAGCGGUGAGGCCGAGUUGGAAUAAGGAGGAUAUCCGGGAGAUGUGUCAGUUUUUGGAGCAAGAAGUGACCGGAGAGGAGGGUGACCAGUGGGUCAAGGUGAGAAAAUCGAUAGUCAUCUGAGAGAGAGGAGAGGGGGUACAUGUGAGAAGCCUGUGCGUAUUCAGCUUUCCGAAGCAUUUUGAUGUUUCUGCUUCUUAUCUUCUUUUCAGUUUGAAAUGAAAAUUUACAAUCCACGAAAAAGUGAAAGUUUCACCGUGUUGAAAACCUGAUUUCGCGAAUUUCGCCCCGUCGUGUCCGCGUUGAAAUUCGCCAGUUUUCCAGGGAAACGACUAUGAAAAACAACUACGACUACGCGGAAUCACUGUCGUUUUCAGACACGGAGAACGGUCAGUUUCCAUCAAUUUAUGAAGUAUCUUUACCGCUCCUUUUCCUUUCAAGAUCUCCAGUUUCAAAAGUCAACGAUGAAAUCGGAUGUCUUCCUCAUCGCGACGUCGAUCGAAAAGCCUUUGUGGCGUACAAAGAACUGGCGGAAAGCGACGAGCUUCUGGCGUUUUUGAAGGUCGAUCCGAGACUCAACGAAUUUCCAAGAGUGCCUGAAGAGUAACCAUACCUUCGAUUAAUUGCUCCUAAACAUUUUUAGUUUUCAGUGCAAAGUGCAUCAGCGGAAUGUUGACUGCGGAAGGAGCUCUUCAGCAUCUCAAACUCGGUAGAUACUUCAGACAUCGAUACGAGAGGACGCAGUUGUUCUCCGCAGGUAACACAAACAGGUCUUGAGCCAAAUCACCUUUGGUUCAUUCAGAAAACCAGCGAAUAGUGACCGAUGUGAUCACGAGCAAGUACAACCGAACAGUGCAAUCCGCUCUCGCCUUCUCCACCGAGUUCCUCUACAAGCAACGGACUCUUCUGGCGCCGAUCCAGAUAAAAGCGUCCAACUUCUCCUAUCACUGUCUGGACGAUUACUGUGCUUGCAAGCAGCAUAAAGCGAUACGGAAGAUGUACGAGAAAGAGCAUCUGCAGGAGUUCUAUCACAUGAAGUCGGAUUCGGUGGCGGACGAAGAGAAAAAGCUGCUCUCCUUUUCCGAGUUCUCCUCCUCUUUCGAUCCGUUCCAAAUGAUCGACGUCGGACUCGGACGGUUCAUUUGCAGACGGAAGACGUUGCCGUGCCAUGAGAACGAGUGUCUCACUUUCGAUUCGUUCAACAAAUGA